AUGCGGUCAGACGUGCCCACGGUGCCGACAUCCUCCCUGCACAAUAUGGUGUCCCGCCACGCGGCCACCAGGUCGCCGCCCUCUGCGCCGAGACAGCAGCGGGACCAAGCUCUUGGCGCCGCCCCGCGCCCCUCGCAGCAUCCCGGGCGGUGCCCCCACCUCCGCGCCCGGCGCGGAACGGGUGCGGGGCUGGGCCAGGGCCGGCCCGGGGGAGCCGGCGGGGCGGGGCCGCCGCGCCCGCCCCCCUCCCUCCGCCGCCCGCCGCCCGCCGCCCCCCGCCUUCUCGUCCUCACGCCGCUCGGGCUCAGAGCGGCGGCAGCAGCGGCCGCGGCAACACCUCCGGCUGCGGCUCGGCUCCUCCCGCCCGCUCCCUGGCCCCGCUCGGCCCCGCGCGCCCGGGCCCCGCGCCCCGACCCCGCCGCCUCGCCUGCCGGGGGCCUCGGGCGCCCCGCCGCCCGCCUCACGCUGAAGUUCCUGGCCGUGCUGCUGGCCGCGGGCAUGCUGGCGUUCCUCGGUGCCGUCAUCUGCAUCAUCGCCAGCGUGCCCCUGGCGGCCAGCCCGGCGCGGGCGCUGCCCGGCGGCGCCGACAACGCCUCGGCCGCCUCGGGCGCCGCCGCGUCCCCGGGCCCGCAGCGCAGCCUGAGCGCCCUGCACCGCGCGGGCAGCUCGGCCGGGCCCCCCGCGCUGCCAGGGGCGCCGGCGGCCAGCGCGCACCCGCUGCCGCCGGUGCCACUCUUCAGCCGCUUCCUGUGCACGCCGCUGGCGGCCGCCUGCCCGUCGGGGGCCGAGCAGGGGGACGCGGCGCCCAGCGAGCGCGACGAGCUGCUGCUGCUGCAGCGCACGGCCGAGCAGCUGCGCCAGACGGCGCUGCAGCAGGAGGCGCGCAUCCGCGCCGACCAGGACACCAUCCGCGAGCUCACCGGCAAGCUGGGCCGCUGCGAGAGCGGCCUGCCGCGCGGCCUCCAGGACGCCGGGCCCCGCCGCGACGCCAUGGCCGACGGGCCUGGGGACUCGCCCGCGCUCAUCCUGGAGCUGGAGGACGCGGUACGCGCCCUCCGGGACCGCAUCGACCGCAUCGAGCAGGAGCUCCCAGCCCAUGUGAACUUCUCAGCUGCCCCGGCCCCUGCUCCCGCGGUGCCCACCACCCUGCAUUCCAAGAUGGACGAGCUGGAGGGGCAGCUGCUGGCCAAGGUGCUGGCGCUGGAGAAGGAGCGUGUGGCCCUCAGUCACAGCAGCUACCAGCAGCGGCAGGAGGUGGAGAAGGAGCUGGACGCCCUGCAGGACCGCAUAGCUGAACUGGAGCAUGGGUCCUCGGCCUACAGCCCCCCAGAUGCCUUCAAGAUCAGCAUCCCCAUCCGCAACAACUACAUGUAUGCCCGCAUACGGAAGGCGCUGCCCGAGCUCUACGCCUUCACUGUCUGCAUGUGGCUGCGGUCCCGGUCGGGCAGCACUGGCCAGGGCACCCCCUUCUCCUACUCGGUGCCUGGGCAGGCCAACGAGAUGGUGCUGCUGGAGGCAGGCCACGACCCCAUGGAGCUGCUGAUCAAUGACAAGGUGGCCCAGCUGCCUCUGAGCCUAAAGGACCAUGCCUGGCACCACAUCUGCAUCGCUUGGACCACAAGGGACGGCCUGUGGUCUGCCUACCAGGAUGGGACGCUGCGGGGCUCCGGAGAAAACCUGGCCGCCUGGCACCCCAUCAAGCCUCAUGGGAUCCUCAUUCUGGGCCAGGAGCAGGAUACCCUGGGUGGCCGGUUCGAUGCCACCCAAGCCUUUGUGGGCGACAUUGCCCAGUUUAACCUGUGGGACCACGCUCUGACACCUGCCCAGGUCCUGAGCAUUGCCAACUGCACUGGGCCGCUGCUGGGCAACGUCCUUCCCUGGGAAGACAAGCUGGUGGAGGCCUUUGGGGGUGCGACAAAGGCUACCUUUGAUGUCUGCAAGGGGAAGACCAAGGCGUGAGGAGCCCCCUCCUCCAGGGCCCCUCCCUUGCCUGCCAUCCUGGGGACCUUAUCGGGAGGGGCUUCACAUUCCCUCCUCAGCCGACCCACAUGCUGCCCUCCCUUCCUGCCCCACUCCUGGCCAUGCCUCCUGUUUCCCCGCCACCUAUACCCGUACCUCCAGAACGUUGUCCCCUGACCGCACUUGGAAGGGGACAAGGAGCUCAAGUAACAGGUCAAGCCUGGGGUGAGUCCAGGGUCUGCUGGUGGGUAGGUAGCAGUACCCACAGCUUGACCACCCUGCUGGCAUUACGUUGGAGCCGUCUAUCUUCCCAACCCCACCCUGUCCCACCAACCAUGUCUGAUUCUACUAAUCUCAACAGCAUCUCCCACGGAGUUGUGUGUUCGGGGAAAGGCCCACUGUCUCAGUGGCAGGGGUGGUGCCCGUGCCCACCACCGUGCAGCAGGCCUGGCCCCUGCCCAUUCCGGGCCACAGCAGGCUAUAGAGCCAGCCCCCAGGCUGGGGAGGGGGUAACAGACGGAGGUGGCACAGACUCCCUCCUCCACCUUUCCACCAGCUGCCGGGGAGGGCAGCGGGAUCCCGAUGGGGCCUCUCCCAGCCGCCACGCUGUCCCCCGCCAGCCCACACCCUCUCUGUCCCUCCUCUUUCCUCGUUUCUUUGUGUACAAUGGUUUGAAUGUUGGCUCCGUGCCUGGCCCAACCCCACCUCAACUCCCAGGACAGUCCCUUCCCGGCUCCAGCUUAGAGGGUUAGGAAUCAAUACCCUGGGAGGCUAAAGGGCUGUGUCACCUCUUGUGCCCACCCACAGCUGUGCCCACUGGCAUGGUCACCUCUCCUCCAUGCCCAGGGUAGGGCCUGGGCCAACUUUAGCCUGGGCUGGGAGCCGCUCAGGCCCUCGGUGCCCCCAGAGACCCAGGCUCUGACCUAGGCACAUUACCUAUCCCCUCUGCAUGCCCCUGCAGCCUCUGAGGAAGGGAGAGACUGAGAGGGCAGGGAGAAGUGUGGGGCAGUGUGCAGAGCACUGGGUGAGGAGGAGCGGCCCUCGGGUCCUGGCCAGCCCUGCCCCUAAGCUGCUCUGUGGCCUUCGGUAAGUCCCUGCCCUCUCUGGGCUGCCCUUACCCAUUUAGGAGGGGAAGCCCUUGUUUUGGUCCUUUCUGAGAGCUCUCCAGAUCUAACUUAAGAUGGUCUGUGAUCCCCAGUGGGUAGGGUGGGGCAAGCCUGAGAACCUGGCCGGUUGACCAAGGGGCACGGGUCCUGGGACUGGACAGCAGUUGGGAUCUGUCUUGGCAUAGGUGAAGGGCAAGGGCAAGGGUCAAGGCAGAUCAACCUUAUGCACAGAUUAUAAAAAUCAGCUCUUCUAGAUCCCUUCAUCCUGGUACUCUUGCCUGUCUGAAGGUGUCUCAAAGGGCUGGUAGCUUCCUGGUCACUACCCUUGAGUCCUCACCAGCUUCCCCAAGAGAGUGCAAGAAUGUCAGAGCCUAGAAAAGCCACCCAGUCCGACCCCUUGCUUACACAGAUGGGGAAGAGCUCAGAGAGGGCAAGUGACUUGCACAGGGUCACAUGGCAUAAUGAGGCAGAGUCAGGACUAGGACCCAGGGCUCCCGACUUCCUCUUUAGUGCUCUUCCCCACCACCCUACCCACCCUACUGUCUGGUCAUGAAGGUUUUGAGUCCAACCUACACCUAAGAGGAUGGAUAUUUGAGAGGUCACAGUGCUUUCCAACAUGACCACCGGAACAUCUUCCUUUAUGAAACAUGCAAACAUCUUGGCAUCCCCCGACCCCAGGGGGUCAGGGGAGAAGUGUGAGCCCCAGUCCCUCUGGCAGGGAUGGAGAACUAAGAACGCAGGCAUCCCCCCACCCAGUCACCUACAAGGUGUCCAGGCAGCUGAGGCUACCUGACUCGAGUGGGUACUGGUGCCUUUUGCCUCCCUUUUUACUCCCUCUCCCCACCCACCGUGGCCCCUUAACCCGGCACAUGACGCAGAGCCCAGUCCGUGGGCCCCAUGCCGUGGGGUGUCUCCAAGACUUGUUGCCUCCUGCUCCCAGAUCUCUGGCUCCAUUUCGAGAGCACAAAUAGACCAUUCAGCACCUCAGGCUCAACUCCCCCUAGAAGGAGUGAUGGCGUGCUUCAGCCCGAACCUGCUGAGAUCAAGGUUGCCCUGGUAACAGCCAAUGACAUCAGCCCAAGUGCUGGGUCAAAGCGUCUCAUAAUGACAUAGGCUGUUGCUGGGGUGACGGCAGAAUUCGGAACUUAGAUUUCGGGGACACUGGGCUUAAUUGGGUUUCUGCUAUUGUUUUGAAGGAAGCAGGUUUUAUGGAGGCCUUGAGGAAAAGAAAGUGUCUCAGGAGGGAGGUGACAGAACCUGUCUGAUCAUUGGAGCCCACCCAGGCACCACUCCAAGUCCUUUAUGCUUUGUCAUGGUAAUGAUGAGACGUCUGACCUCCCAGCCUGGUUCCUGUGCUGAGUCACCCUGGGCAGCCCUCCAGAGGAAACAGGCACAAACUAGAGAUGUUGGGGUGUCGGCUCGGGAGUCUGGGCCGUUUCCAUUCCAGUAAGAUGAAACCCCAGAGUCCCCACCCCUCCUCCAUCCAUUGAUCUUCCUUGUAUGUUUGCCGAAUACCUGCCAUUUAGACUCCAGCUUUGACCUUCCUCGGCUGCUCUCAGGCACAGCCAGUGAGAGGGGAAGGGGAGCUGUGGCGCUCGGUCGUGGCUCCGAGCUGCUCCUGGCUGAUAAUAUGCUGGAGCCUGUGUGUGUUUCAUCCUUUUUAAGUGUCAGGCACUGUGCUGGGCACCUUAUGAGCAUCAGUCAUCUCAUUUAUCCUCACAACAAAGUUGUAAGCUAGGACAAUCCUUAGCCCCAUUAUACAAGUGAGGAAACCAGCACAGAGAGGUUAAGUAAACUGCCCAAUGUCUGUCAGCCAGCAAGUGACAGAGCCCAGAGUUCAAAUCCAGACAGAUUAUAUCCUGAGCCUACCCCUCACUCUCUAUGGAGUGCGAUUUGAGCAUCUUUGCUCCUGGAGGGUUUGGGCUUGAAGGGAUGCGCCUGACCCCAUUCACCACCUUCAUGGGGUUUGAGGUGGGGAAACAGGCAUAGGACAGGCCAGCCCCAGGGCCAGGGACCCCUUGGGUGAGGGAGUGGGAGGGGUCUCAGCCCCUCAGGGACCGCGUCCCUCUACCUGUGCUCACUGCCUCAGCUCCUCUAACCAGCUGGAGUUCCCAGAGAGCUGAGAGGGAAGAGGGAGCCCCAUGUCUCCCAAGAGCCCCAGGAGGGACAAGGGAGGGACACUGACAUUUCUCAGACUCCUGCUUUGGGCCAAACCCUGCUCCAGGUGCAUCACAGCUCUUACCUGCCAGGUCCUCCCACCUCUGUGGCCUGCUGUGCUCCAGUCAACAUCCCAAGGGCACAGAUCACUCUGCCACAACUGUGAUGACCUAGAACCACAGAUUUGGGCAGGAAGGGCUCUUGGGGAGCGCUGAAGCCCUCGAUUUACAGAUGAGGAUACCGGGGCCAUGGAGGGUGGUCAGCCCGUAGGGCCACCCAGCCGGGUGACCUGUACCCAGCUCUCGGACUCUGUGCCCAGUGCUCUCCAAGAUGCAGUGGCCUCUCCCCCCAGAACUGGGUCCCUCCUGUCCUACAUUUCCCAGCACCCUCGCCCUGAGCAAAUUGGGGAACGGGCUCCCUCCCAGAGAUGAGGUCAUUCUCAUUACCUGCUUUGUCUGAGCUGCCUGCCACCCCAACCCCCACCUCCCCGCUCCCCCUGGCCCUGCUGGGUGGGGAAGGGGCUCACGUGGGCCCAGGCUGACGAGUGAGUGAGCAUGUUCAGGCUGUCGGACACUGUGAAAUUAGUGCACCCUACUGGCAAACCCCCUUCCUUCUCCUUUCCCAAUUUUGUACAUAAAGUGACGUGAGAUGCAACAUGUGCGUAUGUGUGUGUGUGCGCGCGUGUGAUAUAUGUCAUAGUUUUUGUUACUUUUCUGUUUUUGUAAAUUUGAAUGUUCAAAAUAAAUGAUGUUUACUCUGA